AUGGAAGGCAACGUGGAGGGGAUGCCAAUCUAUUGCGUUUCAUCGUUGUUUUCGUUGCCCUUCGUGGCAACUGCCCUGCCGUGGAUCCUGCUUGGCUGGGUGGCUUACCGCUACCUCAAGCCCCUCUCGAUUAAAACCCACGCCACCUUUUUGCAUGAAGUCUCGCCAGGUCCGACCUUCAUGAGGAACAAGCAGGGGCUGUGGCUUUACACGCACGCCUGGCUGCCACCUGCCAGCGUGAGCCCCAAGGGUGUGGUGUUCUACGCUCACGGGUUCGGUGGCCAUGGCCAGCGGCAGUGGGAGCUCGCUGAGUUCUUGUCCUCACAAGGAUUCCCCUACUUUGUGCUCGAUCACCAAGGCUUUGGGCGAAGCGAGGGGGAUCGUGGGCAUGUGGAAAGCUUCAGCGACUACAUCGACGAUUACGAGCAGUUCGUGAACAAGGUCCUGCAGGAGCAUCCCGAAUACGCUGACCUUCCUCUCUUCCUUUUCGGGAGCUCGAUGGGAGGCAACCUCGCCAUUCAGCUGGCCAACAGGCGACCGGACAUGUGGAAUGGGGUUGUCUUGCUCGCUCCCGCCAUCAUGCCGCACAAGGCCUCCACAGCACCUUGGAUGCUGUAUGCCGUCAGGGUGCUGGCCAAGCACUUGCCCAAGUUCAUUCCUUUCACCUCCGCGCCGUGGCGGAGCUCUGCCACCAUCGACAAAGACGUGGUGAAUUGCUACGUCUCCGACCCGCUUACCUACACGUUCCCCUUUGGCAUGCGCGCCGGUUGGUGCUGGGAAAUGCUUCAAGCCAUGCAGCGGGUCACUUCUACUGUACACAAUGUCGAGUGGCCGUUCGUGAUCUUCCAAGGAACGCAAGACACGGUCACCAACGCCGAAGGCUGCGUGCUGUUCCACCAACAGGCCCGGAGCCAGGACAAGGCCUACCGGGAGUUGGCAGGGUGGGCGCACUCCCUCUUCGACGAGUCGGCGCGGCACGAGCUGUACAAGGAGAUGCUCGAGUGGGUAGCGCAGAGAACUGGCAAGAGCAAGAGCUGA